GGGCGGGGGGGGGCGGGCUUAGGCGCUGGGGUGUCAUGGCCACCUCCGUGCCGCGGUCUUUGCUGUGGGCCCGGCGCUGACCGCCGCGCGCUGCCCUCGCUGUGCGUUCGCUGCUCUCCCCGCCCGGCGGCGGUGCGGCCAUGGGGACGGUGCACGCGCGGAGUCUGGAGCCUCUUCCAGUGAGUGGGUCUGACUUUGGUGCUCUAGGAGAUGAACCUGAACUAGUUGAAGUUGAACCUGAAGCCAAGCAGGAAGUCCUUGAAAACAAAGAUGUGGUGGUUCAACAUGUACACUUUGAUGGACUUGGAAGGACUAAAGAUGACAUUAUCAUGUAUGAAAUUGGUGACCUUUUCAAGGCUAAAAACCUCAUUGAUGUAAUGAGAAAAUCACAUGAAGCUCGUGAACAGUUGCUCCGUCUAGGAAUUUUUAGGCAGGUGGAAGUUCUGAUUGAUACAUGUCAAGGAGAUGAUGCCCUUCCAAAUGGUUUAGAUGUUACAUUUGAAGUAACAGAACUGAGAAGACUAACUGGAAGCUAUAACACUAUGGUUGGCAAUAAUGAAGGCAGUAUGGUUCUUGGGCUCAAACUCCCUAAUCUCUUUGGACGUGCAGAGAAGGUGACCUUCCAGUUUUCCUAUGGAACAAAGGAAACUUCAUAUGGCCUAUCAUUCUUCAAACCACAGCCUGGAAACUUUGAAAGAAAUUUUUCAGUUAACCUGUAUAAAGUAACUGGACAGUUCCCGUGGAGCUCCCUUCGUGAGACUGACAGGGGAUUAUCGACAGAAUUUAAUUUUCCCAUAUGGAAGACCAAUCACACACUGAAGUGGGAAGGUGUUUGGAGAGAGCUUGGCUCUCUUGCAAGAACAGCGUCCUUUUCUGUUCGAGAAGAAAGUGGACACUCCCUUAAAUCUUCUCUCUCUCACGCCAUGGUAAUCGAUUCUCGGAACUCUUCAAUCUUGCCAAGACGAGGUGCUUUGCUGAAAAUUAAUCAGGAGCUAGCCGGCUACUCAGGUGGAGAUGUGUCCUUUCUAAAAGAGGACUUUGAGCUUCAGCUGAAUAAGCAACUUUUAUGGGAUUCAGUUUUUUCAGCAACUCUCUGGGGUGGAAUGUUGGUUCCUAUUGGAGAUAAACCCUCCAGUAUUGCUGAUAGGUUUUACCUUGGUGGACCAACGAGUGUGCGUGGAUUCAGUAUGUACAGCAUUGGACCCCAAAGCGAAGGUGAUUACCUUGGAGGAGAAGCCUAUUGGGCUGGGGGCCUACACUUGUACACACCUCUCCCUUUUCGGCCAGGUCGUGGGGGAUUUGGAGACCUCUUUAGAACACACUUCUUCCUCAAUGCUGGAAACCUCUGCAAUCUUAACUACGGUGAAGGUCCCAAAGCUCAUCUCCGGAAGCUGGCUGAGUUCAUCCGAUGGUCUUACGGUGCUGGAAUAGUGCUCAGACUUGGAAACAUUGCUAGAUUAGAACUUAACUACUGUAUCCCUAUGGGAGUACAGGGUAGUGACAGGAUAUGUGAUGGUGUCCAGUUUGGAGCUGGAAUAAGAUUCCUGUAAUAUUACAGAAACACUUCACGCUUCUGUCAAAAAAGAGAGCACUUGAAUAAAAUAUGGCUCACAGUGA